CUGUCUGCUAGCUACCUCAAGUUCCAUCCUCAAUAAGGAUUACCAAUCAAGGCCAGGGAAUGCCUAAGCCAGAAACACAGAGAUAGCAAAUUGCAGUCCUAUAUCAGACGAGGAACAAGACAACCAUGGAACUCGAUUCCGAACACUUGAAAUGGCGAGGUAGUGUGAGAGCAAUCGUGGAUGCACCUAUAGACAAAGUGUGGGGCAUGGUUUCACAGACCAAGAGACUCCCAGAGUGGAUGCCAAUGGUUGAGAGAUGCACAAUCCUCACCGGAGAAGAAGGGCAGGUGGGUUAUGUGCGGCUAGUCUCCGGGUUCAUGUUCCCUCAAGAAGAUGGUGAAAGAUCAUGGAUCAAGGAGAAGUUGAUCUCCAUUGACCCAUCAUCCCACAGCUAUGCUUACAAGAUGGAAGCCAGCAAUGUUGGUCUGGAUGGUUCUGUGAACAAGCUCAAGCUUGUUGAUUAUGGGGGCCAAGGAUCAAGUACACUAGUUGUCUGGUCAUUUGAGAUAGACCCUUUGGAAGGUGUAUCUCAAGAUGAUAUUAUAGACUUUUUGGGGUUUGUUUACAAGUCUUCCAUUGCUAGGAUUGGUAAUGCCAUUCAAGCUGGAGCAACCCUAGCCUAAACAAUUCCUUGAAAGAAAAACACAACAUCUCCCUUGUAAGUUCACUCACCUAUUGACACGCGUUGCACACAUGUCAGUCUUCUUGGUUCGUGUUUCAAACAGGCCGAGAGCACAAUACAUUAAUCGUUAUCAUAUUGUACAUUGCCAUAAACAGUGAUAUGUCAUGAAAACAGGUGCAUGUUGUUUCAUGAACUUGUGUUUGUUGGAUGUCCUGGGAAAAGGCAAGCCCUUGGAGAAAACGUGUUAGAAGGUGCAGAGAAGUGUAUAAAGCUGUAAGCCAAAAGUAGCAGUUCCAGAAAUCCAUUUCUUAACCACGAUAUCUGUAUAUUUGGCACCUUUUAGUUUCUUCUUUAAUUUCUUUUCUGUUUUCAUUUCCUCACUACGUCAAUGUGUGCUUUCAAUACAUAGGCUUCUCGAAAUGUAGGUUCCUUUUUACAGAAUGUUGCACUCAGUCAAAUGAAUGAAAUGAACAAUUGAAUUCUGGUUCCGAAGAGAUUAGUCCAUCGAUAUGAACAAGAAGAACAAAAAACUGAAAGAAAUUGCAGCUGGGCUGCAAUUUGCAGAUGGGGUUUCAGUCAAUUUGACAAUGCCAUCCAUACAAAAGUAAGAACAAAAGAACAUUUCUGUGUAUUAUACAAGAAAACUGGACAAAUAUAGAAUCGCUCUGCCUCUCUCUCUACAGUAUGAGCUGAGGGCUACUGUCAUUCACCUAACAAAGUUGAAAAGACAUUCCAGCAAAGCACAUCUGAUAACCAUAUACUGAUAUAAGGUGGUCAAUCACAGAUUUGUGUUCCCUCUUAAAAAGGAAGAAACAUAUACACUUCCCCUCGUUGCAGUAGAAAAUCUCCAGAGGAGCCUGCAGGGGAAGAGGCAGAGCCAAUAUCACGAGAUCGAUCGAUCAAUCGGUUGAACGAUGCUGCUGCUGAUGAUUCUCGUCCUUCUCCCAGCAUUGGUUCAUUCUGCUGUUGGAAAGCACACAUUCAAUGUAAGUACAACUUACUGUUUUGUCUUCUGCAUGAACAUAGAGUUCAUCUGUGGCUGGGUUUGAGAUGCUAUAAGAUAAAUGCAGGUGGUGUAGUCUGUAGAGCCAUCCCAUCCAUCUUCAUGGAACUCAAUUUCUUCGUGGUUGGAAAAAGAAUGAGGAAUAUUCGACAAGGGUAAAGAUCCCAUCAGCUUCAAUUUGGUUGAUCCGGUCCAAAGGAAUACCAUGAGUGUCCCCACCGGAGGAUGGACACACGAUCCGGUUCGGAGCCGAUAAUCCAGAUGAAUUUAAUUCCUUUUCGAGUUGUAAUAAUUGAAGAUUUUUACAUAUUUUCCUCAUUACUGUCUGUAAACUUGUACAGAAAGCAAGGAUUAUAAAAUCGUAUGAAACGAAUUUACAAAUAUACUAGUUAAUUGUGUGUUUGGAUGUGAUGUGGAUGUAGGUGUAUGGUUUUUGCAUUGCCAUUUGGAGGUGGAGAAUGGAAAAGGUCCAUAAUGAAAUGAGUCAGUACUUUAACCUCCCACAAUACUACAAAGUACAAAGGCUGAACUGCAGAAUUCAGGAAUCAACAAAGAGACAGUUGGAGUAGGGUUAGUAGACAGACAGGGGAGGUUUGUACUUUGUAGUAGGGGAGUGAGAAAAACUUUGCAUCUUAUAUUUUUUUUAUUAUAAUUCAAAAUUAUUAUGUAAAAAUUGGGACUUGGGAAUCUUUUCUUUUUUUUCCCUUCUUCUUUUUCAGUGAGAUGUGAUGAUUGAGGUGAUGGGUACAAAAAAAAAAAGGGGCUUACAAUGAUUGGACACAAGGAAAAUAAAAAGAAAGAAGCCCAAUAAUAACCUUUUGAUUUUCCUUUUUGCCUUUCACAAAUCUUUUCCCCCCCUUUCUGUUUUUGGAGUUAUACCACCAAAGGGAAAAGUUGAACAGAAAAAAAAAGAGGGUAAAAUAAAAAAUGGGUUGCACCAAAGUUAGGGUUUUGCCACUUUCAUGGCUCCCUCUCUCCAUCUCUGUCUCUACCCUUCUCUUUCAAGCAAUUUGAGAGAGGUUUGUUGUUUAGUGUAAAACAGGGGAUUCAGUCAUACACUUGCAAGUUGUGUAUGGGGAAAAUGGCUGUAACUGUUUGUAAAAUUGCACUCUUCCAAUUGAAGGGAAGUGAAAAUCGGGUCCCUCCAUUUUGGGGCCUCUUUGUCGUUUGCGUUUCCCCAUUUUAUGACAAAAGCACAAAGAGGGGAUUGUUUGGGGUAUUCGUUUUCCUUUUCUCCUUGUCGUUCUGCCAAUUUAUGUGCAUAAUAACAAAGUAAUAAACUAAUAAUGGAAUUAAAAGCAAAUAUAGGUAUGGGCAAAGAUUCACGGGGAGAAAUGAUUGACAACAAAUUCAAGGGAUAUGGGGAAGUUUUACCUACAUUAAGAGAUUAGUACACACCUUACUAAUUGAAAUUCAUAACCUCUUCAGCCACAAGCACGUUUCGGCGGUAUUUGAAUUCACUCAAUUAUUAUUAGAUUUCGAUUGAUAAAAUAAUUCGAGGUACGGUUCGGGAAUGACAUCAAAGCUCGCUUAUUGACUUAAAGAAAGAUGCAUCCAGACGAAAGUUUUACUUUGAGGUUGUAGUUGCUCAUAAUUUUACAAGAGUCACAAACUAGCUACCGGAAUCUGGAGUAUACUCCCACUUACUAGCAUUCUAAAUUCAUUUGUAUUACAACUUUCACAAACAUGAAAGUCACAAAACUGUACAUAUAGUGAAGAUAAAGCAAAAGAACGAUACUUCUUCCAUGCCUUAUUGUUUGUUGAUUAUUUUUCAUCAGUUUCACAAUCCUCGUACUAUCAUGCCCAUCCACAAAAAUAUUGGAAAGGUGAUUUCAUUAACUUCGAUAAUUAGGUGAACUAGAAGAAGAAGAUUAGGCACAUGAGGGAAGGGUGGAGUGACCUUACAAACAAUGACAGAUGACGAGCAACGACAAUAAAUUUUGACGACAAAAAUGCAGUACUCAUCGGCGACCACAAUUACAAGGACCUACAAUAGUGUUUCAACUUUCAACACUUAAUAUCGAAUGAACACGUACAAAAUAUUUAAAUUUUGUCAAGCAACACCACCUGAAUAAUUAAAGAUAACAAUGUAGAUAGCAUCAAUCAUCGUUGCUUCGUUGUUGUUUCUUUCCCCGUUAUAAGUAAAAAAAAAAUCUCUACCUACUUAAGAAUGGCUAUGCACGUACCUGUGUGAAAAACUCUUUUCUGAAAUGACCCAUCACCAAAGGAAAAUGAUGAAGUGAAAAUGAUGAACCUUUUUUGUCUUCAUGUGUAUGUGUUGGUGUGGUGCAACAAAAACUAGGUAGCUAUUGCAGUGUUGAAAGUUUCAAACUGGAGGGAUCGCCGGAGAUCGAUCGGAAGUCGUUUUCAUCUUCUCCAUUGAAGAAGUCGACUGACCAUAACUCCCCAAAUUGAAAACAACAAAACAAUGGCAAGUUUUUUUCAAAACGUCACAAACCAAGAUUUGCUCCAAUGCCACAAACAAAACAUAACUCGCGCCAACUUAGCUGCCGCCUUGGUCGUCAAAGUAGUAUAUAGCUAGCUGGAUACGUGUGUUCUUAGAUUAUGACCUCCACACUGACCCGUAUAAGGAAAAUUUCUUUAGAAUAUAUAGUAUUAAGAAUUUUAUCAAUCAACAUACUCUUUGGCCCUCGUAUUAAUACAAGGUUGAACAGAUAUUUUAAUUAGUGUUGGUCUGUUGGAGCUACGUAUAAUUCAGCAUCGACUGUUAAUUUCUCUUUAAUAUUUUAUUUUAGGUUAUCAUCCAUAAAAAAAUAAUUUAAUUGUUAUCGU